AAGGUGGUCCUUCAGUUCAUGCCCCCGGAAGAUGGUUACACUUGUGGUACGCUAAGAACUUGCGUUUCUGCAAAAUAGUUCAGGAGUGUUUACAGUUGCAGUUGUUGUCGUUGAAAGCCGCUUUUGCUUCUGUUUUAUAUCUUGAAGACUUCUCAAAAAAUUUCACAGAGAGCUGUUGGGCUGAGGUUUCCUCCCCCUCUCAAUGGUUUCCAAUCUCAUCUUUAACUUUGUUCCUUUUCCUUCCCCACUCCCCUCCAGGGAAGCUUAUGCGAGAGGAAAGAAGGAAAAGCCUCCCUUCCUACCAGCGGAGCCGCCCUCCUCCUCCUCCUGCUCAGAUGAGGCUCUUGUUCCAGCUGAGUUGUUAUGUCUCAUUUGUAAAGAUGUCACGACUGAUGCGGUUGUCAUUCCCUGCUGUGGAAACAGUUUUUGUGACGAAUGUAUUAGAACAGCAUUACUGGAAUCUGAGGAACACACAUGUCCAGUGUGUCAUCAAACAGACGUUUCUCCUGAUAGUUUGGUUGCCAACAAGAUCCUACGCCAGGCUGUGAACAACUUCAGAAAUGGGACUGGCUACAGUAAACAGAUUCAGCAGCAGCAGCAGCUGCCACCAGCACCAGUGGGACAACCAGUGACACGCAACCCGCAACCUCUACUCCGGCCGACAAUUUCCAAACAGAAGGAUCCACUAAUUCCUCCAUCAGCUUCUGUGUCUUCUCAUUCUGCUGCUUUGUCAUCGUUUGGCCCUACUCAGGCAUCUGGGGCAGCUCAGCUGCCAAGAAUCCUGCCUUCUGUCACUGUCCCUGGUGUCCCACCAGCAGUGUCCCUGCUCUUCCCUGGACCUUUUCGCGAGGGUGAUGUGGUUACAGCUCCUGCUGCUCUGGUGAGCGCCGCUGGACUUUCUCAACCCUCCUCUCUGACCAGCAGCGGUUUGUCGGAAGAGCAGGGCUGUCAGGUUCCUGUGCUAAGACACCCAGCUCUGACAAGUCUCCUGGGCCCGCACGGACAAUCAAUACCCACCAAUGGUCAGGCAGUGAGAGCCAGUACAGUCUGCUCAGCCAGCGGGAGACCAGGCUGGGAACUGGAAAAAAAGAAGUCCAAACUUGAUGAGUUUACGAAUGAUUUUGCUAAGGAAUUGAUGGAAUAUAAAAGGAUUCAAAAGGAGCAUCAGCAGUUGUUGUCCAGGUCCAGGUCUCCCCAUGAUGCUCCAUCUCACUCCAGAAGUUCAUAUACCUGCUCCAAGUCAAGACCAGGCUCUUCCCACUCUCGCACCAACUCUGGAUCAUUUAGUCAUUCCCAGUCUGGUUCCCGCUCCCGAUCACCACCGUGUCAAAGAAGAGGCAGAGCGAACAGUCGUGACCGUCGUUCUAGUCCAAGGUCACGUCGUCAUUACCGGUCAAGGUCUCGCUCAUGCAGAAGAUGCCGCUCACGGUCAAGGUCUCCGGUGUUUAGAGGCCAGUCUCACACUAAAAGGACUGUGUCUCAAGGGGAAGGAGAAAGGGAAUAUUUUAACAGGCACGCAGAAGGUCCAGCAUCUUCUAUGAAAGGUUACUAUGGCCGAUCUGUUGACUUCAGAGAUCCAUUUGAAAAGGAAAGAUGCAGAGAAUGGGAAAGGAACUAUAGAGAAUGGUAUGGCAAGGUUUACAAGGGCUGUGCUGUUGCUGCUCAACCUCCACCUGCAGUGAACAGAGAGAACUUUUCUCCUGAGAGGUUUGGUCCACCUGGGAGCAGACAAGAGAACUCAGCGUGUGCUUGGGGAAACAGGGAGGAUUAUCCUGGUGGGCAGAGCCACAGAAGUCAUAAUAUAACUGGACAUGACGGUGAAGAACCUUCUGGAAGAGAGGGGCCUGGCAUCAGUGAUCCUAGAAAAUCAAAAGAGAAGGAGGUGAAAUAUCCAUGGGGAGAUGACAAAGGAAAUGAAGAGAAAAGACACCAGAAGAGAAGAAAGUGCAAUGAGAAUGAAGGAUUUUGCAGUGCUGAGUUGCUGGAAGGUGCAAGAACAGCAAGAGAGCCAGUUCCAGCAGGAGACGAUAAAACAGACUCUCUGUUCGUGCUCCCGAGCAGAGGUGAUGCCACCCCUGUCAGAGAUGAGCCUAUGGAAGCAGACUGGAUUGCUUUCAAACCAGGGUCUGGAGAGGAGAGAACAGAGAAGGACGAGCCAAAAGAAAAGAAUGACCAGACAAAGUCGAAAGUAGAAGUGGCUGCUCCUCCUAAGAAAGACGACACAAUAAUAGCAGCUCAAACUUCCCAGGAGACGGUGGACACCGAUUGUGAAAAUUCUCCUCAAAUGGAACCUCCUGUGAAAAAAGUGAAGAAGGAGUUGUCAAAGAUGAACGAUGCUGUAAUAUCUUCCUCCCAAAAGGAUGAGAAGGCUCCUGGUGCUCCAUGGAAAUAUCACCCCAAAGUGACAAAAGGUCACCCAGGAACCAGAACAGCCAAGGAUGAAAAGGUGAAGAAAGACCAUCCAAAAGAAACCAAAUCAGAGAAGCCCUCCAGAGAGGACAAGUCAGAAAAACCUGCGGAAAAAAGCAAAACUUCUGAUGCAAAACCUGAAAAAGGCAAAGGAAAUGCAGAUGAAAAGGUGGAUGAGGAGCAUGAAGCCACUUGCACAGACGCCUCAAAACCAGAAACUGCUGAAUGGAAACCGUCGGCAAAGGGGAAGAGUGAGCCCGAUGCUGGAAAAGGAGAGCGAACUCCAGAAACAGCUAAAUGUGCGUUUCUCAACCGCCCCGCAAAAGAGAUUGAACUUCAGCAAGAAACUGGUGAAAAUCUUGUGAGAGGAGAAAAUGUGCCUCCUGCAGAAGAUCCUGCGGGGAAACCCAAGGCAAGCAGUGGUAAAGUUAAACAGGAAAAAGCUGAGGGGAAAGCACGAAUAAGAGUAACAGCAGCUGAUGGAUCUAGUUCAGUUCUUGUAGAUUACACCAGCAGCAGUUCUACUGAGGGAAGGCCCAGGACAAAGACAGAAGAAAAGCCAGAUACAAACCAAACUGUCAUUAAGACCAUGGAGGAGUAUAGUAAUGAUCUAAGAGCUCCUGCAGAAGAUGUCAUCCUUACGAUCCAAGUCUCUCAGUCAAAGUGGGAUAAAGAUGAGUUUGAGGCUAAAGAGGAACACAGUGAAUCUACACAGGUGCCCACAAAUGUAGGAAAACUUGUGAGUGUUAUAAAAAAUGUGAGUGCUAAGCCACCAAACCCUGUAAAACACAAUGGAAAAGAGAUGGAGCCUUUGGAGGAAAUACAGAAAUCUACAAAAGAAGUGAAUGGUGAAAGCUCCCAGCAUGACGCAAAAAGUUCAAAAGAUUUAAUCUCAAAUGAAAAAGGAAAAUCUAAAGACCGGGAUCAUUCCUUGUCAGACCAGGACACUUCUGGAAAGAGCAGUGUGCAGCGAGAAACAGACCACUCCGAAUGUGCAACCGAACAAGGACAUGGGAGAAAUAGUUCUCAGUCUUCCCAAGACAGCAUAUCAUCAGAGAAACACGGUCUCAGCCCUUCAUCCACUGCUAAAGACUGUGGUCCUCACCAGGUCAAAAAGUCUGACCACAAUGGCAACAGAGAUCGUUCUAGUUCCAAAUGUAGAGCUGAAAAGAGUGAAUUUGUGAGGAUAAAAGACUCUCCUUCUGGAAACAGAGAAUCUACCUCAGUACGGAAAAGUGAGCCAAGAGAUGAACCAGCAGAGCCAUCCGAAACAGGCACUGGGGAUGCCAAAAUGAGCAGAUACAGCCCUCCACGUCAGUGGGAGCAAUCUGAUCACAAAGCUGCUCCUGAUUACAAGUGUACAUUGGAGCAACACAAACUUCUAGCUAAAAAUCCAGGGAAAGAGAAAGAGAAGCAUGUAUCAGAGGUAAAGAGCAAAAAGGAGAAAGAGCCAGGUGGUAAUACACCACCUUUGGGACAAGAAUCCCUAGAUGUAAAAAAUGAGGACGUGACUGGUCAAAAUGAUGCGAGUGUUGUCAAGCCAAAGCCUCAGGUAAGCAGCUCCUCACAUCUCUCAGGAGUUACGUCAGAAGACAUAACUCAAGACACUGAUGAGGCUGCAUUUGUACCAGACUACAACGAAAGUGACAGUGAGAGUAAUGGCCCUGCAGCAGAUGAGAAAGCUGCAGGAAAAAAUCCUAAAGAUCUGUUGGAAAAGGCCAUUGAUAAGGUGAAAGAGGAUCCAGCAGCAGCUGCUGCAGUGGGGCAGCCUGAAGGAAGCAGAGGACACAGUCAAAGCAGCCCCGGUGUUGGCCACAGCCAUAGUCAAAGCCCUUCUGAGCGUCAGACUCAAAAUCACAGCAGCGGUGCCAGCUCAGGACAGAGUCCGGACACCAAGAAGAGGAAAAAAGAGAAGAAGAAGAAGAAGAAGCACAAGAAGAAGAAAAAGCACAAGAAGCAGAAGGAACACAAGAAGCAGAAGAAACACACGGAAAGCAAAAUGGAAUUGGAAAAGAGCCGCAAACACAAAGACAAGAAGAAAAAAUUGAAGAAGGACAAAGAUAAAGAUGACCAAAAAGGGAAAUCUGCUACAAUGUAGAAUGACAGAUAAUUUUAAAAAAUUCCUAUGCCAUCAAUAUUAAAUUUUGUUAAACUGUAAACAAAUUCAAGCAUUGCAAAUAAUGACAUGAUAGAGCCUGUGUUGCACUUAAUGUAUUACUGAUUAUUCGAUUUUUACGUCAGAACUUUAUAAAUGUGAACAUUUUUUACAGAAUUGGGAUUUGUGAGCAUGUAACAUGAGAGGCUUUUCUGUAGCAUCUUAUUUUUAAACGCCAUUAAUUAGUCUGUGUGUAGUAAAACUGUUGAGUUACUUUUAAUUG